UACUAUCUUAAAUCGUGAACCAUACUGUCUUUAAUCAUCGUUGUUACUCGGUAACCGUUGUUUCAUUUUCUUCUGUCGCUAAGCAACCAGAUAACGAUUCAAAAACAACCAAGACCACUGACCAGGAACGUGAGGACGUUCAAUUGUUCGACGCUCACAACUUUCGACAGUCGAGUUUUGAUUUUAGAGUAGUGACGUACGAGUUCUAUGGUUCCAAGUCGGUUCUGCGCAUUUCCUUGACACUAGAGUACUAGAUAGUAGAUAUUGGUAGUGACGAUGGAACGACAAACGGACAUCGUGGACAAAGAGUUGCAUGAAGCUGUUAAACGGUCUCUAAUAGAUAACUCUACUUGGAACAGCUUUGCAUCAACAGUAGAAACUGAAAUAAGAAAAAUCUUAGAGGAAAAAGAUGUGAUUAAUAUAAAAGAAAAAAAACCUGAACAAUCUGAAACAAAUGAGUUGAUUAACAAGCUCAUAUCUGAAUACAUGGAUUUUAUGGGAUACAAAUUGACAAACUCAAUGUUUAAGAAAGAAUUGGGAACCGAGUUGAAGACAAAUGGUUAUCGGAAGCAGAUGACUUCAUUAUUACAUCUUGAAGACAGUGAUGAAACAUUAAAACAGCCUCUGUUAACAGUGCUGAUAACAAUGUUUAAAAAUAAUUAUGAACACAAUAAAGAAUCUUUAGAGAUUUACCCCAUUUGAACCAAAUAUUUUUUUUGUUAUAUACUAUAUUAUACAUCUUUGUAAAUUGUUAUGCUUAAUCAUACAAUACAAUUUAAUGUUAAAAAAAAUAUUGUACAACUGUUGGGCUGUACGUUUGUA